GCGUUUCAGUUGCGCAUCGGGCGUUCAACCGGACGGACGGUAUUUAAGUUGCUUAAGAAUAAAUACGAAUAAGAAGACGAAAGACGCGAAUCGUAAGAAAAAAGAAUCGGCAAAACGCUUGCAGUUUGCGGUAGCUAGUCAAAUAGUUAAAAAGUAUAUAAAGCUUGUGUAACGGCACUAAAGCGCGCAUUUGAAUAUUAGAGUUGCUAUGACUAACUGUUUUGUAAAAAAAUGUUAUUUUUUUCUUUUAACGCAAAGCAAUAAAAAUAACAAGCAAGUGUAACGUUGCAGCAUCCUGGUAUCCAGAUUCUCCAACUACCCUUUCCAAUUACAAGCAUUUUUACAACAACUCUUUUAUUAUUAAGUGCGAGUAUUAUGCUUUUCUGACAUUAAAUCACUGCCAGCAAACAACAACAAGUAGUAGAAACACACAGCGUCGCAGUAAUGACUCCCGAAUUCUUGAAACAACACAUUCAACGCAACAACAGCAAUCACAGCAUACAUAGCAACCAGCAUAUAGCAACCAUUUACAAUAAUGACAACGACAGCAGCAGACUCUCUGCAUCACUAACAUCCGCUACAACACCACCACUUACACAAGCGUACAAUGCCAGUCUCUACAUGACGCCCAACGAUGCCAACAGUAUAGGUGGUUACUCCCCACCAACAACACCACCACGCACACCGAAGCUCAAUGCGAGCGCACGCAGCAGAAUUAUCGGUGAGGCAGCGCUGGCGCAAAUGCCCAAAGCGAAGACAACGCCAACACCACCACCCACAGCGGCCAGCGACAUUAUUGGCAGCGUAUUGGGCGAUUUCGGCAUCUGGCAGCUGCGUUCGGUGCUCAUACUCUUUCUGUGCAAAUUACCCGCCUCCUGGUUCAUGGCUUGCAUUAUCUACACAGCGCCCGACAUUAAACCGCCCACGCAGUAUCACUGCGACGCGAGCCAACUGACGGCGAAUCAGUCGAUAACGCCGAAUCAGUGUUACGUAGUGAAUUGGAGCGCGAACGUGGCGCCGAAUGGCAGCACGACGGGUGAGAUGCUCUCGCAGAAGCCGUGCACGCAAUUCGUCUACGAAGACUACUUCUACUCGUUUGUUAUGCAAUACAAUUUGGUGUGUCUGCGUGAGAUAUUUGUGGCCUGGACGCAGUACUGGCAUCUGUUUGGCGUGUUGGUGGGCGGUGUCAUCGGCACCAAAGCGAUGUUGAAACUCAGUCCGCGCACGGUCUAUAUCAUUGGCGCCGUGCUGCAGAUCAUACUCGGUGUGGUCACCGGUUAUUCGACCGAUCUAAAUAUGCACUGCAUCUUUCGCUGUCUCGCAGCUAUUGGCUGUGCGAUGAUGUUCACCUCGGCGCAGGCAAUCUUUGUUGACAUCACUGGCGGUCGCUAUCGCACCGGUGUCAUUAUACUGUACGACACAUUCUGGUCACUCGGUGUCAUACUGUUGCCGGGCAUUUCCUCGUUCUUCAACAACUGGAGUCAACUCUAUUUGGGCAUUACAUUCCCCACAGUGAUUCUGUUAUUGCUGCUGCAAUGGACACCAGAAGCACCGCGUUGGCUGUUGAAGAACGGUAACGAACACGAUGUCUACCGUGUGGAGCGCAUGAUACGCAAAGCUGUGGACAUCAAUGAGCGUACAUUCCUCAUACCCGAUGAUUUUCGACAACAAAUCGAAAACCUACGCGAAACUCUGCGUUCACAAAAGCCACCGGCCACGUGGAUACAGUUGUGGCGUGGUCCACGUGCGACGCACUACAUGCUGGCAGCGCAUAUCGCGCUUGCCUGUUACAUUGUGAACUAUAUGGGCAUGCUGUUGAACUUGCGCUCAUUCGGGCGCGAUUAUCGUAUGCCGAAUACGAUAGCGAUGGGCGUUGCCGAAAUAGUGGGCUGUUUCAUUGGUCUACACUUCGUGAUGAAGCAGGGCAAGAAGAAAUUUAUGUAUGCUGGUUGUUUCAAUAUUGUCGCCGGUCUCGUCGGUUGUCUCGGCUGGACCUUUACAGGCGCGAAUUUGAGUCCCGACUUCAAAGUCAUACUCUGGAUGAUCAUUGCCCUCGUGCCGAAAGUCAGCGUCUCAUGUGCGCAGUCGCUCAUGCAGGGUUGCAUGGCUGAAGUUAUGCCGGCGCAUAAGAAGCAACCUUUCGCCUUCUCGGUCGUCACAUUCGCGCGCAUUUGGCUACUGAGCGCGCCUUUCAUCAAUCUACUCAAAAAGACCGAUGUCGCGCUUUCGCUCACAUUUUUCGCUGUACUAACGGUAAUUGGUGGCAUAUGCACUUGCUUGCUGCAACCGCCGCGAGAGAAGAAUACAGCUAAUCUAACAUUGGCGGAGGCAAUCGGUAGCGAUGAAUCGAAUAAGAAAGAGCGUUCACCGUUAACCGCCACUGUUUGGACGGUCGAGGGCGAUACGACUAAUACUCGCCUAUAAGUAGAUUACCAUUUAUUAUUAAACAUUUGUAUUAAUUGUAUUACUUAGUUAAUUUAGCCUGUGCCAUUGGAAACAAAGUCUUCCCUCUAUUAAUUAUAUAUGUACCAAUUAAAUAAAUAGUUUGUAGUUAACAGCUGUUAUUAUGCAUAAAUUUAAAAUUAAUAACUAACCUUAAAAUUAAAAAAAAAACUAUAAUUUAAUAAAACUGUGAUUAACAAAGCCAUAAUAAUAUAUGUGUAGAUUCACAUCGACAGUUGAAAUUCCACGCAGAGUUAGUCAAGCACAGUCUCUAGACAUUUUGUUUUCUAUUCUACUAAUUAAAAUUGUCAAUUAAUUAAUUGUACUUAAGUUUUAAUUACGAUUACUUGUAUUAUUACCAAAUUAACGACACACGAGCACGAUAUUUACAUAUACAGUUGUAUAUGUACGAGUAUGUAUAUAUAAUCCUACUUAUAUCCUAAAAAUAUUAAUAUGAUAAGACACAUUUUUAAACAAUCACGAAGAAAUGUACAUAAAUAUAUGCACUUGUAAAUACGA